UAUAAUUUUUAUCUCACAGUCUGAGAAGUACAUUUCUUUCUUCUAAAAGUACGUAUAUAGUUGCAGAUUUUCUAAAUGAAUAGUCUAAAUAUGCCCGAAGACUGUGCUCAACAAUGGGAAAUCAUAUUAUUACUGUUAUCAGCUGAAGAGAAAAAGAUAGACAGGACUGAUGAAAGUGAAAUAGAUACUAUGAGUUACUUUUGGAGAAACGAAGGUGUCAGAAAAAUUCUCAUGCACUGGCUACAGCAAAUGCAUAACACUUAUGCAAAAAAAAUUAGUGAAACUGAUACUGCUACAAAAUGUGAUGAGGUGUCUCUUCUUUGGCGUCAACGUGGUAAUGAUAAAUUCCGCGCAAACCGCGUUGAAGAAAGCUAUAGAUGUUAUUGUGAAAGUGUUUUGUAUGCACGCCAGGAUGGACCCAUGUACCCACUUGCAUUGGCUAAUCGCUCUGCUGCUUUACUAAGGGCAAAGAGAUUUAAGGAAUGUUUAUCAGACAUCAAGUUAGCGUUAGAGAGUGGUUAUCCACGAGAACAGAGUCACAAAUUAUUACUUCGGCGAGCUGAUUGCCUUAUUGAAUUGGGCUGGAGAGAAGAAGCACAUUCUACCCUUGCUGCUGCAUCUGAACAUGCUUUAACUGAAUUUGAUCGCCAUAUUAAGAUUUUGGAAAAGAAACUUGAAGCCUUAGAAACUGUAGAACCAGAUGAUGAUGUAACACUGCUUACAUGCUACAAAGGAGAAAACCCUAACUUUUAUGCAGCAUCAAAUGCUCUUGAACUUAGGUAA